AUGGCGGACUUUAGGAAAUAUACACGGAAUGAUCUCAACGCCUGGGAGGCAUUCCUGCAGAAAAUCGAUUCUCGGUCUUUGGACCAACUCCUCCAGGAGGAGAAAUAUGCUCGGGAUAACCGCGAAGAGCUAAAAAGAUGUCUCGGUGAAGCGGCAAAGACCAUCCAUAAGUUUGAUUUCGGCGAAAAUUGGCGGUUCUACUCGAAUAUCAGAGCGCUGAUUAUUUCACUUGCUAGGUGCCUCAGCUACAACAGAUACCCUGUAUAG